AAUUUUGGUUCAAAACCACCAACUAGCGUAACCUAGUGUUCAUUAUAUGAAAUAUUUAUGAAAACAAGCCUUCACACAUGUUCCAAGGUUACUCUUUCAUUAAGUUCACGUACAUAUAACAAAACGGCGUCCGAAACGUACAAUAAAAUGGCUCGUGACCGGCCUACAACACGGAAACAAGGAGACGACACCGAUGAAGAAUAUUCAGUGGAAAAGAUUCUCGACAAGCGUUUUCACAAUGGCAAAGUGGAAUACUUGCUGAAAUGGAAAGGAUACUCGAAUGAAGACAACACAUGGGAACCUGAAGGUAAUCUAGACUGUCCAGAAUUAAUCCAAGCCUUUGAGGAUUCAGUAAAACAACCACAAGUUGAAUUGACAACUGGAGCAACCACAACCAGUGAGAAAGAAAAGCCUGUUUUAGAGGAUAACCGACCAAGAGGAUUUAAAAGAGGCUUGGAAGUUGAUAGAAUUAUUGGGGCUACAGAUGCAUGCGGUGAACUUAUGUUUUUAUUAAUGUUCAAAGACUGCCAGGAAGCUGAUUUGAUUCCAGCUACACUAGCAAAUCAAAAGUGUCCUGAAGCAGUUAUUAAGUAUUAUGAAAGGAAAAAGAUCUGGCAGCCACAGGCUCUUAAACGUACAGAAUAAUAUUAACUUAGAAUAAGAUAAAAGUAUGAAUAAAGUCUUUUUUAAUUA